CAAGGGAAAAUAUUCCAUUAAUUUAUUGCCUAAAUUUGUCAUGGUAUCAGAGCCUCACUAAACCUACGCAUCUUCUACUUUUUCGUUCAACGGUGAUACAGGCGGCACCAGCGUGCGCAGCUUGACAGCCAUGGGCGAUGAAGCAGCUCCGAAGCUUGACCCUUCUCCGUUUUACCUAGGUUCAGGUGAUCAGCCAGGCAAUUUAAUCACUCAUGUGAUACUCAAAAGCGACAACUACGUAGCCUGGUCGAGAGCCAUGACUCUCUCCUUGAAAGCUCGCUGGAAAUUUGUUUUCGUCGACAGCACUAUAAGGAAACCAACAGUUGCGGCCAAGCUUCUCGACUGGGAUACAGUUAAUUCAAUGACCGUCUCUUGGAUUCUGUGUAGCAUGGAUCUGAUGGUAGCCAUGUCCAUACCCUUCCACGAUGAAGCCCGGACAAUGUGGGUUUACUUGGAGAAUCGAUUUAGUGUAGCCAAUGGGCCACAUUUACAGAGGCUGCGUACAUCAAUUACUGAAUGUAAACAGAGCAAAUCAAUGAUGGUUUAUGAGUAUUACACAAUGCUCAUGAGUCUAUAUGAUGAAUUGAAUCGUUUGAAACCACUUCAUGCUUGCACGUGUGGAUUAUGCACGUGUGACGUUGCUGGGAAGUUUGCGGCAGAUCGUGAAGAAGAAAAACUCCACCAAUUUAUGAUCGGGAUUGAUGAUGACGUCUAUGUAAUGGUGAGGUCCAACCUUGUGUCCCACACGCCACUGCCGGAUCUCAAUCGUGCGCACCAGGCUUUCCUUCAAGAGGAAAACUCACCCUCCAGGCUGACCGAACCAAGGGACGUUCUGAACGGACAGAUCGUAUGAAGUUGUUGUUCUCCCAUUGAAAACAAAAGGGCCACGAGGUUGAUAAGUGUUUCAAGUUGCACAGGUAUCCUGACUGUUGGGAAGAUCGCAACCGUACCAAAGGAACUAACACUGGCCGUGGAGAGGGGGUACGUACCCAUGCUGUUGCUCCCUCUUUGACUGCGCAGGAUGCAGGCUCUUCUUCUGCCAGUGAAGUAACUAGAUUAAAUGACUUGAGUAAGGAGUGAUGGUCCCUGUUUAUACUAAUCUAACACCAAUAUGAAUAUAUCAAAGAUGAGGUUAACAGAAUGAUAAACAAGAUGAAGAUCGUUUAAACCCUUCUUCGAUAUACCGUGAACCUUUUACAGCAGAAUGAUGAGCGCUAAGGCUAAAAGAUCGAAUGCAAAAGUUAACGCAAACCUAAGCCUUAUGCGCCUUUUUAUAUGCGCAGGCAAGCUUUGCGUAAACGCUUUACGCCAGAUAUGAGCCUGACACUUUGGCCCCAUAUCAUUUACUAUGCUAAUAAAUACAUAGUAUAAAUACAUUACAGGCAUAGUAAAGACUAGACUAUUACAAGACAUCUUAGAAACUUGAUACACAAUAAAAUAGUCUUCAACAAUCUCCCCUUUUGUGAUCAAGUGUCAUCUUGCUUUUCCUUCUGAGCUCUAAAGUAGUUUUUCCUUAUGUUUAGUGCAUGCUCAUAUUGCCUGAGGAUAUUUCUCUUUUCGAGGCAUUCUGCAAUUGCUUUCAGAAAUAAUAUCAGCACGUCAUGCUCC